GACACAGAUAAAAACAGAAACAAAAAAAAAAAAAGAAACAUCCCAAACCAACGUCGGAAAUGAAAAUCAAAACAAAACGCUCGAAGAAUAAAUUAGGGUUACGGGGGACGUUGCUUCUCUGUGCUCUCUUCUUCCUUGGUGGCUUCUAUUGUUCCAGAAUCUUCUUCUCUCAGACAACAUCUGACCUGCGACCGAGGUUAAGGAGGGACAUUGAGGCGGCAGAGGGAGGAGAUCACACCACCAGUCGUAAUAAUGCUCAGCCGCAUGGUGCCACCGGCGAAUCUUCCGUCGAAUCGAUUCCUUUCCAGAUCUUGAGCUGGAAGCCGAGGGCCCUGUAUUUCCCCAAGUUCGCAACACCAGAGCAAUGCAAUGCCAUCAUUGCAAUGACGAAGACGCAGCUCAAGCCAUCUCUGCUUGCCUUGAGGGAGGGCGAGAGCGCUGAGAGUACUCAGGGGACUAGGACAAGUUCAGGCACAUUCGUUAGUGCAGCAGAAGACGACAGUGGGACGCUCGAGUUGAUUGAACAAAAAAUAUCAAGAGCUACCAUGAUUCCACGGUCGCAUGGAGAAGCCUUCAACGUGUUGCGGUAUGAAAUCGGGCAGAAGUAUGAUUCCCACUACGAUGCAUUCAACCCAGCAGAGUAUGGCCCACAACAAAGCCAAAGGAUAGCUUCAUUUUUGUUGUAUUUAACAAACGUGGAAGAGGGUGGCGAGACAAUGUUCCCUUAUGAGGAUGGAUUGAAAGUUCCUGGUUAUGAUUACAAACAAUGUGUUGGUCUAAAAGUGAAGCCUCGACAAGGUGAUGGCCUUCUAUUCUACUCCGUCUUGCCUAAUGGAACAAUUGAUAAGAUGUCUCUUCAUGGAAGCUGCCCGGUCAUUAAGGGGGAGAAAUGGGUGGCAACAAAAUGGAUAAGAGAUCAUAUAUUCUAUGAUGACUGAACAACUCUUUUUUGUAUCCACUAAAGCACAAGUUUUAACUUAUAAAAACAUUUUAGAGAUCUACCUAUCAAAACUUGAAUCAAAUUAUACAUGUAACUUUAGG